CUCUCACUCACAAAGGCUUCAAUCUCUUCCUCGUCUGUGGACAUCAUGUCUCCACGGGUCACUGCAGAAGACCCAGAGAAUCCAACGUCUUCCCUUCCAAGGUGCCGCUCUCUGGACUACUGCCUUGUCAUCUCAUUGGUCCUGCUCACCAUGCUCAUUGGGUCACUUUGUACAGUAUAUGUGGCUUGGGAGAGACCAUCACAUGAAUCCAUUGCCAGCGCACAGAUCCAGAAUUACGAAGGGGAAAAGAUGGCAAGGAACGCUCAGCUGGUGGUAGACAGCGUCGAACUGAAGAACGGCACCCUCGAAUGGAGCAGGAAUGGAGUAACAAGCACGUUUGUUGGCUCAGGUUUCAAACAUGACAAACAGGAACUUGUGGUACAAAAGUCGGGUUACUACUUUAUUUACUCCCAGAUAUCUUUACAAUGUGUUAAAAAAGAUCAAUGCGAACAAGAAGGAGUGGUGUCCCUCACGGUUCUGAAAAAAGAGCCAAUAAAAGAGCCAAUCCUGAACUUAAACGUCCAGAUCAACAACUUUACCAUGAAGACUCAACCAUCGUCCUUUAAUGGAAUUGCCAGAUAUCUCUCUGCCGGUGACCGGAUAGGGGCAAAACUAUGGACUAGUCAUAAAAUGGAAUACUGGCAGUUUGAUCCAGAACGCAGUGUCCUAGGACUUCACUGGAACAGCAUACCGUAUUUCACUGAGAACCUCCAUGAACAAUGAGAGACCAGAAACGAGACUUAUUGAUUAGAAAAUAAGCGGAAACAUGCACUACAGAACAUUACUUAUAUGGUUGAAGGCCACGGGUUACCGAUUUGGGGUGUGCAAUUGGUGUUCUAAAGGUGGCGGUAACGUCAUAGUAUGUUUUUGGACAUCUAUGUUUUUUAGAAGGUGCUUUAUAUCACUAUGUGAUACGUCAUACUAUAAAGGGCUCCUUGUUGUAUCUAAUGUAAGAACCUUCUUAGUAUUUUACUUAAAAUAUUUUGUCAAAUUUUGUUCAACAAAAAUGCUGCUCUGUAACUCUCGAAAUACAAGUUGGCCAACCAACCAAAUAGUCUGUGAGAUACUUACCAUUAGGUCAACCAAUGAUGUGACUUACCCUGGCCCCCACCAUCUUUAAAGAAUACAUCUGGUACAUAAGGAGAAGAUCAAUCAUCUUACUGGCAUUUGGGUGUUUUUUUACUAUACUCCUGCUAUAUUUAUAGAGCUCCCCCAACUAAAGCCUUCGAGGGAAGGUUUAUAAUUAUAUCCAUUUUCAUGUCCUACUGGAUUGUCUCAUUCUUACCUAUUGUUUGAUUCU